AUGUCGGAAGCCUACGAGCGCGAGCGCCAAAACAACGCCCGUCUAGAUGAGCUCUCGGCCAAGGUAUCCGCCCUCCGCGGCGUCACCAUCGAUAUCUACGACAACGCCCGUGCCCAAGAUGUCAUCGAUAACACCUCCGAGACCUUUUCCUCCAUGGCAACCCAGAUGAAGGGCUCGGCCACCCGACUCACCCGCAUGGCCGCGUCGGGCAACAAGAUUGCCAUCAUGAAGCUCUCGGGCAUCAUCAUCGGCCUAUUCCUCGUCCUCUACUACGGCCUGAGGAUGUUCCUUUAA